AUGGAUUCACUAUCAACGACAUACCUGGGACAUUUUCGUUCAUUUCGGAUAACGCGUAAUGGAGACUAUUACAUUGUCUGGAUCCUCCGCGAAAUAAACGGACAUUUCGUUGCUGAGAAACUCUCUGCCUCCACUAAUGCGUCCCAAGAUGGACGCUGUUUCGAUGUUGUAUCAUUGGUACUCCCCUGUUGCAGCGUUGCCCCCACUGACGUUGACGGGGAGCAAGUAUUCCUUCAUGCGUGUUUGAUAUCUCGGUCUGUGGAUCUUCCUACUACGUUGGGAUCUACAGCCUGUUGCCCAAACGAGCAUUCGCCAUUUGCUUCAUCACAGUCGUGCCCCGGGAAUCUAGACGCGUUGCAUCGGCCAUGCAUCCCGUCAAACACCACGGAACCCUGGCCAAUAAGCCAAGCGUCUGAUUUAACUUCUUCAAACGCCAGUGCAACGACAUCUCGCCUCGCUGAGCGAAACAGGAAGCGGAUGUCACCAAACGCGCCGAGUCAGCAUGCGCCGAUUAAAAGGAAGUUGACAGCCACGGAAGCUGCAACGCGCCUUUCUACUCAACUGUCCUCCUCCGUUAAGAAUUUCUGUGAGCAGAGAAUCUUGGCGAGUGAUAAUGAUAUAGCCCAAAGGCUGAUACAAUGCCAUGAACUUCUCAAAUCAAACCCCAAUGAAGUGGAUGAUCAAGUUGAACAGUUGCAACUAUGGCUGCAACAAGGCCAACAACAAUCCAAUCUACAUUUUUCUGCCUUACAACAUCUCCUCUCUUGCGUUGAUCUCUAUAAUUGGUGGGACCGGAGCGACGAGAAUACGGAGAAAACUGUUAACAAAAGGCGUUGGUUUGACACACAACUCGCACGAUACAGGAACAAGCUGGCGAACGAGCUCUGUAAGACUAAAAACGGUACGAGUGACCGUCUAGGUUUGGUAACCUUGGCACCCAUGACUGUCAAGGGACUUAAGUUCGCGCAUCUGGAUAAAGCAACAGACCAAAACAAAACUGAGAUAAUUCAACACUUCGCCUGCCUCGCUCGUCCAGAAUUAGAGAAGCAGCUAAAGGAUUCAAGAGUUAUAAAGGCAAUAAAUCCUGUGAGCUUUGUCUGUUGGUUUCUGGGCAAGCCGUUUAAAGAUGUUUGUGAGGCUCUCUCCUUCACUGAACUCUCUUUCAACGACUGCGGCCCAAGUUCAAAUAUUUGGCAUGAAAUACAAGGUCCUAGCACGGCAGAAGUUUUUAAUGGCAGCAACCUACCCUGGCCACUCCUAGUAGCCGUUAGAACUGAAGAAAGUCAGCAAAGCGGUAGUCAUGAAGAGCCCAUGGUCACUGGGUUAAGCUUUUCCGAAAUUCUGGAAGAUACAGAAGGCGCUCUAGGCUUUAUGUAG